AUGAGAGAUGGAGGGACUUCGAAGAGCAACGUGACCGAGACCUGCCGCCUCCUCUCGCCUCCAUCACCACCGAGGGUCCGGUCCAUGAGGGUCCAGUCCACUACGGCCAGCGUGUUGUGCGACCACUCCUCCGCCAUUUCUUCUAUCCAUCCACUCCCUCCGGAACGAAAACAUCAGCCAUCUGGUCCGGGGUUCACAGGGAGUGAGAUGAGGCCCGACCCGCAGACAGUGACAGAUUGUGCCGACUCAGAGUCUGGGCCUCUCCUUCUCCCUGUGCCGCACUCCUCAGUGUUUAUGCGGGCCGACUGUAGCAUGAGCGCGUCCCACACGGCGCCUUGA